UAUGGAUUAGUCCACGAAUGAGUCAGUCUGAAUAAAUAGAAUUGACUUCUUUACAAUUAACUCUAUAUUCUCUAUUCUGUUGACUUGUCUCUGAAUAAGUUUCAAAAGUGGUCAAUGAAGCAGUCUGUGGUCUGAAUGUCAGAUGUAGGAUAUAAAUCAGUUCAUGUUUUAACAAGCCUAUGGACUAGUCAAUAAAAUAUUCUAUAAAUUAGUUAAUGGACUAGUCUAGGAGCAGGUCUAUUCCUAAUUUUUUUGCCAGCACUGUCUCUUAAUAAUAUAAGCAUGAAAACUUUUAACAGUUACCAAAAGCUUUUUUUAAAAACUUUCACAAUUAAAACAAAUAUAAAGCUUUAUUUGUUUAUACAGUGGUACAAAUUGUGAUAAAUAUAAACAAAAAUAACAUAUACGAAAAAAACCUAAAGUGCAAUAACCUUAAAGAAUAAAUUAAAAAAAAAACCUAAAUUAAACAGUUAAAUUUUUGGGGGGAAUUUUAUUAACAGAACAAUGCGCUUAAAAUUGGGCUAAUAAUGGCACACAGCAAACAAAUAUUUAAUUACGCUUCAAGGUUUAACAAAAACAAUUUUUGAACUUAAUUUAAAACAAAAAAAAAAAAAGAAAAUAAUAAAAUAAACAAAUUUAUCUGAUUUUUUAAACAAUUACAAAUUGUUUUUGCUUGAGAUUUUAUUAAAAAUAUAAAAUAUUUAAAAAUAAUAGAACUUCAUCCGUUCAGCAGUAUUAAAUCAAAAGAGUUCUCUGAGGCACAACGUCUAGACAACAUUUCACAAUGAAAUGUCGGGAGGUUCUUUAUAUACAGCUUUUAGUUAUAAUUUUGGAAAAUUUUCAACUGGUCCAGCUUUAUGUUCUAAAGGGUUUUGCUACUAAUAUACAAUCGGCUGCCGAACGACUUGAUUAUGUUGAUAAUUUGCUGCAGCAAUUGUUUCAAGAAGUGAAUAGCAAAAAAUUGGAAUUAGAAGAUUCUGGCAUAUGGCCGAAGGAUUAUGCUGAAGAGUUUCUGAAACAUGGUCAAAUGUCAUUUGAUUAUAUAGUAGUGGGUGCUGGUACUGCUGGUUCAGUAGUGGCCAGUCGUUUAAGUGAAGAUCCUAAUGUUAAAGUUUUAGUUAUAGAGGCUGGCGGUGAUCCGCCCAUAUUGUCGGAGAUUCAUACACUAUCCUUGCAGCUGUUAAAUACCUCUUAUAGCUGGAACGACUAUGCUGAACCUAAUCCCUCUUGCUGUCAGGCUAUGAAACGGGGACGCUGUUAUUGGCCUCGUGGUAAAAUGAUAGGUGGUACUGGAGGCAUAAAUGGCAAUAUUUUUCUAACCGGCCAUGCCGAUGAUUUCGAUGAAUGGCAACAGCAGGGCAAUGCAGGUUGGUCUUGGAAUGAUGUUUAUCCCUACUAUGAAAAAGCCACCCAUGAGUUAGACAAUAAAACCUGGCCUUUGGGUUCUUUAACUUUAAACUAUUUCCAACGUUUGGAAGAUUAUCAUGUGCUAAAAGAUCUCAUGGUAAAUGCCACCAAUGAAUUAGAAAAACUAUUAAAUAUCAAAAGCCCCGGUUAUAUGGAGAACAUUUUGGCAACUAUAGAUCGAGGGAAACGAAUGAGUACGGGUAAAACUUAUUUGGGUAGAGUGGCCCAUAAACGUCAUAAUUUAUAUGUCAUUAAACACAGUGUGGCCACAAAAAUUCUUUUCCAUAAUGGCAAUAAAGCUACAGGAGUGGAAUUUCUAUUAAAUAAAACUUCUACCUUAAGAGCAAGAGCUCGCCGAGAGCUCAUUAUAAGUGCUGGUACUUUCAAUUCACCGAAAUUAUUAAUGUUAUCGGGUGUAGGACCACCUGAACAUUUAAAAAGUCUCAACAUACCUGUGGUAAAGAAUUUACAAGUGGGAAAUAACUUACAAGAUCAUGGCAUGAUGCCUUUAGUAUUAAAACUUACUAAAAACAUACCUCAAGCAGUAGAUGACUCUAGUCCUCUUUCAAUAUUUGAUUAUUUAAUAAAUCAAAAGGGUCCUUUGGCCAGCAGCUCCACUUUAGUGGGUUUUAUUAAUACUUUACAACAAAAGCAAACCAAUAAAUCGGAUAUAAUGCUAGUGUCACACUUUAGUAAACCCACGAAAGGUUCUAAUGUAUUUGAAUUCUUACAAUUUAAGCGUGAUAUCGUAAGGAAGUUCUUAAAUAAAGUAGAAAAUCAUACAAUAUUAGAAAUACAGGGUUUAAUUAUAAAAUCCCAGUCCAGGGGUUUUGUUAAGCUGAAAACUAAAGAUCCCCUACAAGGUCCCUUAAUACACAAUAAUUACGCCUUAGUCGAAGCAGAUCGCCAAACACUCUUACGUUUUAUACGUUUCAUACAAAAUCUUGUUAAAACAACAGCUUUUCAAUAUUAUGGUUUGGAAUUGAUUACCAUACCCCUAGAGGAAUGUGAUCGUUUAACCUAUGACUCCAAUGAAUAUUGGCUUUGUUAUAUCAAAUAUUUCUAUAUAAGUGCUUGGCAUGCGGUGGGUACUUGUCGCAUGGGCCCCGCAACAGAUAACUCAGCAGUAGUGGAUCAACGUUUAAGGGUUCAUGGUGUCAGAGGUUUGCGGGUGAUAGAUGCCAGUAUUAUGCCAAAUAUAACAAGUGGCAAUACUAAUGGUCCCACCAUUAUGAUUGCCGAAAGAGCGGCCCAAUUAAUUAAAGAUGAUUGGUACAAUAAUAUAUCGUAGUGAAGAAGACAAAUUUUAAAUGUAAUUUUAAUUUAAGUAUAGUUUUAGAUAAAUCUAUAGAAAUGUAAAUAAAUUUUAAUUAAGAUUUUGGAGUUUUAAAAACUUUAUUUUGUUGAUAUCUCGGUGAGUACUCUUGUAAAGAAUUUCGUAGUUCUUAAGAAAAAUAACAACGAUUAGUUUAUAUUUUUCAUUAA